GACAGAACGCCAGAAGAGUGUUUCCUAAUGCGCAUGCGUGUGGUUGCGUGAGAAACGUAUGUGUUGUGGAAACGCCACUUUCUCUUAGAUUCGCCAGCGCGCUUUAAAGUGGACGACAUUAACUUGUGAUUUUUUGUGUGUCUGAGAUUGACAGUGUUUGGGUUUCAGCUAAGUGCGUCUACAUUUAUAUGAAUCCAAACAGAUAUCAGACAUUUUAUCGAUCAAGCUUUUGUAGCCAUCGCUGUUGUCUGACUAUUUAUAUCUUCUCGAGCGCUGAUAAAACUGAGGAUGCAAAAGUUUUGUUUGCUUAUUAAUAUAUCGUAAUUUCAUUCAGUCAUUGUACAAUGUGGACUUCAUAGUGCUUUCUUUGGAGUGGUUAGACGAGAACUAAGAUGGGAAACGCUUCGUCAAUAGAUUCGUCUGUGGUCGUUUAUCUAGAAGUUAGUGGAAAACAAGAAAAGAUUGUAUUCAGCAAACACUGUAGUUCCAGGGAUAUACAUGACCUCGUGGCACAAGCAGCCGGAUGUAGCAAGUAUUGUAUAUUGACCCUUAAAGAUCCAAAUGGUGCCCAUAUUUCCAUGUCUCCCACGAUGCCAAGCAACACGCCCAGUGCGCCUUACAAGGUUCAAGUAUCACAACCUACGUCAAAUCAAGGCGAUAGUGAGGUGCUUACACAACUUAUGACGCAUGUGGCAGAUCAGUUCAACAAAGCUUUCAAAGUGGAGGAAAUGAGAUCGGAAAUUUCAACCAGACUUACAGCACUGGAAAGGAAACUGGAAAUGGAGGGACUGAAAGCUGUUGAAAUUGAAAAGUGCAAAAAGGACAUUUCGGAAAUCAAGGAUCAGAUCUGGACAGCACAAAAGAAGUUUGUGGACUUCAACAGAAUGAGACCCUUAUUGUACGGUAGUAACACUCACGAUCAUUUUUAUAGUUCGCUGAGUGAUGAACGGAAGAUCUGCCUUAAAAGGGAUAUUCCCUCAUAUCCGAAGUAUACUUUGUCUCAGGAAACGAUAGAUUACUUAAAGCAGCCAACAUUUGAUAUUUGGCAUUGGGAACCAAAUGAGAUGUUGAGUCUACUAGAACAUAUGUACCACGAGCUUGGCCUUGUGAAGGAAUUCAGUAUCAAUCCGAUUACACUGAAAAGAUGGCUGCUAUGUGUCCAAGAAAAUUACCGGAACAAUCCGUUUCAUAACUUCCGUCAUUGCUUCUGUGUCACACAAAUGAUGUAUGGGAUGAUUCAUUUAUGCAAACUCUGGGAUUACAUGACGAGGGAGGAAAUCGGGAUACUCCUGACAGCAAGCGUUUGUCAUGAUUUAGACCAUCCUGGAUACAAUAAUACCUACCAGAUAAACGCACGGACGGAGCUUGCUAUUCGGUAUAAUGACAUAUCACCCCUAGAAAAUCACCACUGUGCUGUGUCUUUUCAAAUUCUGUGUAAUCCGGAGACAAACAUUUUUGCUAACUUAGACAAGGACGGCUUCAAACGUGUGCGAGCAGGUAUAACACAACUUAUAUUAGCAACAGAUAUGGCAAGACAUAGUGAAAUCAUAGAGUCGUUCAAAUCUAAACUGGAAGGCAAAUUUGACUUCAAGAGCAAAGAACAGCUAGACACUUUGAAGAUGGUUUUAAUCAAAUGUUGUGAUAUAUCAAAUGAGGUCCGUCCUAUGGAAGUUUCUGAGCCUUGGGUAGACUGCCUGUUAGAGGAAUACUUUAAUCAGUCUGAUCGUGAAAAAAUGGAAGGAUUACCAGUGGCGCCUUUUAUGGACAGAGAUAAAGUAACUAAACCAACAGCACAGAUAGGUUUCAUCAAAUUUGUUCUCAUACCAAUGUUUGAAACAGUCUCAAAGCUGUUUCCGCAGAUAGAUGAGACAAUGGUACAGCCAUUAAGAUUAGCACGUGAUAGAUAUGAAGGAAUGAAGGAGCAGACAACUCCUCCUAAUCCAAAAUCUCAAAAAGAUCAGGCUGCGAAGAAAGACGGAGAGUGAUGCCGUGUUGUAUAUAUAUACUGGCACCUGUUGCUAAGUUAACAUAUCAUCUCUGUGUUAAAAUGUUACGAAGACCUGUAAAAUAGACUCUAGUAGAAUAAUAUCUUAACAUUGUGGAAAACUAUGUUUGUAGGAUUUGAAAGCUUUGAUAACAUUAUAACGGUUGCAUAUAUUCAGGUCAAGUUUACAGGCAACAACAAAAAUGUUGGGCCUUUCUCAUGAAAAAAAAUCUGGUGAAAAAGAAAAUACUGGGUGAGUUUUGAAAAAAAAAGACUUACUCUUAAAGUGAUAUUGUUUUACAUAAACAAACAUCGAAUUAAGGGUAACUUAUCGUGUUGAUGUAUUUAAUUCCUGUACAUGUAUGUGAUUACAUUGUUCAGUGUCUUGGUAAGGACUUUUAAUGUUCAAAUUUAAACAGCAAAUUGCGUUAUGUAGCAAUGAGCUUGAAAGUAUUUGUUCAUACAGUUCAGACAGAUACGGAGCUAGUGCUUGGUGACAAUAGCUUUAAUAUAAUGUUAUUAUUUGUGCAUACAGUUUAGAUAGACAAGGUGGCAAUAGUUUGAACAGCAUGUAUGUACAGUUAUAACUCGCUGUCUCGAAUUCCAAGGGAUCGAGCGUUUUAGCUCGAGAUAACCGAAAUACGACUUAAAAUGAUAUUUUAUACACGCGUUUUACCUCGAGAUAACCGAAAUACGAUUUAAAAGGAUAUUUGAUACACGCGUUUUACCUCGAGAUAACCGAAAUACAACUUAAAAUGAUAUUUGAAACAUGCGUUUUACCUCGAGAUAACAGAAAUACGACUUAAAAUGAUAUUUUGUACACGCGUUUUACCUCGAGAUAACCGGAAUACGACUUAAAAUGAUAUUUUGUACACGCGUUUUACCUCGAGAUAACCGAAAUACGACUCAAAAUGAUAUUUUGCACACGCGUUUUACCUCGAGAUAACCGGGAUACGACUCAAAAUGAUAUUUUGUACACGCGUUUUACCUCGAGAUAACCGAAAUACGACUCAAAAUGAUAUUUUAUACGGUGACAAUAGGUUAAAUGUUGUGGACCCGUAAUGACAUUCGGCAAUUUCCGUACGAUUACGAAACUUGUAUGCUAGUUCGGCACCUUACGGCUGUAACAUCAAAUUGCUUUUUUCAUAAUCAAAUCCUUGAGACGUCUGGUGGUGGUUGAUUUUUAGCAGAUUUACUUUCUGUUUUCUUGCAACUAUUAUGCACCUCAACAGCUAAAAUAAAACGGAGAAUACCUGAAUUUACAUUUUCUGUAUUACAAAUAUCAUGUCACCUGUACACAAACUAAUUUUAUACAACAAAAACAGGAAACAAAGAACAUUUUUAUGCAAAUCAUUUUCAUUACAUUUACUUAUAAAUAUCUCACUUAUUAGUAAUAUACUUUUGAUCUAUUUCUGACACUCUAUUUUGUAACAAAACAAAUAUCCAACUAUUAAAAUACUUGUAUAGGAAACGAACAUAAACGUGCUUCGAAUCUAAGAUGAAUUCUACGUGACCUCACAUGAAUCCAGAAUUAACCCGCUUGAAUUCAGUGAUGUAACCAUAGGCUUGAAAACCUUAUCAUCAAUAGAUCUUGUAUAAUCUAGCCGGUCAAUGUGAAUGGAGACAGGUUAAAUUAGACUGCUUGAUCAUUGAUAGUUCAUCCGCAAUAUUCAUGAAUGGAACUAUUUGGUGUAGCGCACGAACAUCUUUUUGAUGUGAUUAGGAAUGAAAUAAAGAUCCUGUGAUUGUCAGAAAUACACUUAUAACUUUGAUAGCGGGUAAACCCGCCCCACCCCACAAAAAACGGAGAAAGUCGAAAGUGCUUACGGAAAAUACGUAAACGAACUGAAAAUGCGAUUGUCGUUACGGGUCCACGAAAAAGUAAGAACAGAAUCGCUUGCAGCAAUGAGUGCAGCAAACGCAACACACGCGGAUUACAUAAGAAUGGACACUGUAGUAAAAUUGCAACAGAAGUUUAUGUAUUUGUAUUUACAGUAUACAAGGUUCUUAGAGUUUGUUAUUGCGUUUGAGUAUAAUGUAAGUUUUAUAUCUGCAGUUUAGAAAAAAUGAAGUUUUACAUUAGAAAUCAAGGAAAUGUUGUAGAUCUAUACUAGAAAAUAUUCACUGAGUAUAGCGAUAAGCAUUUUACUAACAUUUGCCUAUAAAUCGUUUGGUUAUACCAAACUUCUCAAUGAAACAAUACAUUACAGUUUCUUCAAUCUCUCUCUUUAGUUAUUAUACAAUAUGUAUUAAUAGCGGAAACGUGAUAUUUUUAUAUUAUUUUUUUUUUACAUUUGAGACGCUUUUUAAAAAAAAAAUAUGUCACAGAGAUAAUGGUAUACGAGCUUUUCUGUUCAAAAAAGCAUGUGUUGCAAUUACAAAAAUUGUGUCACUGUUCACUAUACAUAUUUAAUUUCAUUAAGGUGUCGGCUAUAUCAAAAAUAUUUUUACAGCGUAGGGAGUUCUUAAAAUGUUUUAUGUGACAUUUUUACGAACACACAUUAUUGAUCAAUAGCGAGAUUUAUUUCAAGAUUUCAUAAUAAAAAAACAUAAUGAUAAUAAAAAAAUAUAUUUGGGGAAAUGUUUUAUGAUAAAUGGCACUGUAUAUGUUGAACUUACUUGUGUAACAGUUGUUUGAUCUGUCGGUUAUUUGUUCUGAAAUAUUGUCUUGCGUCGAAAUGUGAAUAAACAACGGUUUCUUCAUA